AUCAGUUUCGACGUUCUUGUGCCAAUUUUCGUUAGUAAUCGUUUAAGAAAGCGUGAUUCUCGGGAACUCAACGUGAACAGUUUCGCUGCUUUCUGGAUAUCCAGUCCGUCCGAACGGACUGCGGCCCUUAAAACAGUUUGGAAUGCGCUAGCAAACCAUUUGCUAGAGAGAGGGUUUAAAAAUGCAAAAUUGGAACCAAUGGCAAUUGUCAGCUGGUGCUGUUGCCACUCCAAUGCCGCAACCACCAGUUGGUUAUGCUGCACCUGGAGCAGAUCCUAUGGCUACGAUGCAAGCAUAUAUGCAGUAUUACAGUCAACCAGCACCUAGCGGAUAUACUGCGGAACAAUGGGCUACAGCCCAACAACAGAAUUGGGCUCAGUGGCAGCAAUGGCAACAACAGUAUCAGCAGUGGCAAGCUCAAUACGGAGAGAAGUAUCAGGAAACGAUGAAGCAUAUGUCGGCGCAGAAUAUGAACAUAACUAAUCAGGUGUCACAGUUACCAAUUGUACAACCCCCACCGCCUCUUCCAAAGGAAGAUACAAAACCACCAUUACCUCCAAACACAUAUCAAUUUACAAGCAUGCCACCACCGCAUCAGAACAAUCUUCCAUUAUUUCCAGCCAAACAAAGUGCGAAUACCACGGUGCAAACUAGUGCACAAAACUGUCCCCAAAAUCCCCCUUUACCUCCAAAUCAGCCGCCAUUACCUCCUGAAAGCAGUAAUUGUAGUAAAGAAAAUACUUUGACCGGUAAACGCGGUAGUAGUAACAUUAGUGAAUCUAAUAGUGCUAAAAAGUUAAAAGUUGAAGAUGAAGAGUUAACAGAGGCUGAAAAAACAUUUGAUGCCCAGUUUAAACAAUGGGAGGAACAAUUUAAUAAGUGGAAAGAGCAAAAUGCUAACCACCCAGACAAGACCCAAUACAAACAGUACGAAGCAAAAUGGACAUCUUGGCGAGAGAAACUUAUCGAGCGACGGGAACAGAUGCGUAGGAAACGCGAACAGCAAAAACAAGCUGCUACCAAGACAGAAGUUGAUAAAAAUAAACACUUACCCGGUGAUGAUAAAAUAAUGAAUAUUCUGUCAAGCACGGAAAACCAAGGAUUGAUCAACAAUUUGUUAGGCAUUGGAAAAACUCUUGGUUUAACUGGGAAACAAAACACUAAUGUACCUCCACCGCCACCGCCACCGCCACCACCAGCUACAGAAACUACAGCAUCCAAUGUUCAAACGACAACUAUGGCAUCCUCCUCUCCGGUAAUAUCACAAUCAACAACAUCUCAGUUACCUGUUACGAACAUGAUAUCUUCCAAUAUAAUGUCUUCAUCUCCUUGGAAUUCUCAACAGUGGACGUCCCAGUCCCAUUACAACGCAGGAGCAAAUCUAUCGAAUUUUCCAAACUUUCAGUCUAUGACUGGUGUGCCUCCACCACCUUUUGGCGCGCCAUCAACGCAAAUGCCUCCACCAAAUUUUACACAACCACCACCAAAUUUUCCAAAUGUACCAAAUUUCUCACAGCCACCGCCAGGUUUUGCUAAUAACGAUACACGGCAAAGCAAUAAUUUGCGGUCGCAGGUUUCAUUAAAUGUUCGAGGAAGAUCUCCGUUUGGUUCAAAUAAUGGAGCCGGUCCCGAUGGAAAUCUUGCGCACAGUGAUCGUUUAAGUCAAGCUGGUCCAAUGGGUCAUCCAAAUAAUCUUACCAUUAAUGAAUCUAAUCGACAAAAAGAUAGUGUACCAUUGGAUCAAUUUCGAUCCAAUGAUUUAUUUGGUCAACGAAAUGAUAAUUAUAAAUUAAACGAUGACCGAGCAUCAGAAAAUGACCAGUUUAUAAGAGAAGAUAGAAAUUAUCCAGAACAAGGAAAUAAUCAGUUUAGUCAACAGAAGAUGAACUUUAAUAACGAUAGAUUUGCUCUUGGAGGUGAUCGUUUUGGACAAGGGAACAAUCGAUUUGGUUCGGUGAAUGAUAGAUUUGGACCUGGAAACGAUCGAUUCGGUUUAGGAAACGAUCGAUCUGAACUUGGUAAUGAUCGAUUCGGAUCCGGAGACAAUAGAUUUGGAAAUGAUCGAUUUGGACCAGGUGUGGAUAGAAUUGGAUCAGGAACUGAGUCUGUCACUGAUCGCUUUGGACCAAAUGAUAGAUUUAGCACAAAUAUCGAGCAGUUUGGCCUGGGAGGCGAUAGAUUCAAUAGGAAUAAUCUAGAUCGUUUCGAUCAAAAAGAUGUGGGAGAUAAUAGACGCGAUGGGUUUCCAAAUAUUACUCGAAGUUUCGGUAGAAGCAAUCAGUUUGAACCACCGGAUAAACUUGCGCCAGAAUUGAAGAAGCUUAUGGAAAAACGAAGAGCUGCGUUGGAUGUCUUUAAACCAAGUUUUCUUGAUUCUGAUAAAAGUAUUGGCGUUGGUUCGUUGAGUGAAAGCUUUAAAAAAAUUACCGGUGAUUCGCCAUUUAUGAAAAGUUCCAUUGGUAAUAAUAAUUUUGGGCCGCGCGUAUCUUCUAACUUCGGACCAGGUGGUCUUGGUAAUUUUAGAAUGGCUGGAGACUUUAAACCUCCAGGAAAUUCGGAAUUUGGAUCGCGCUGUUCCGCAGGAAUUGGACGUAAUAAUUUAUUUGAUUCCCGAGAUGGGGGAACAGUUUCGUUUAGAGGAGCCGCUUCUAGCCCGCAGCAACAAGUACAGGAUUCUGUGAACACUGAUCCAAGAUCAGAGAUGAUGAUAAAUCUUCGUACCGAUACAGAUACACAUAUUGAGAAUAAAGGUGAAUCUGUUAUUGUGCCAGAACAAGCAGAAGUAACGAAUUUAAAUUCAAACGAACAAAAUAUUGACAGUACGCUGAAAGAUUGUCCUGAAAAUUAUCCAGUACAAAAUGAGAUACCAUUAUUGGAAACAUCAACUUGGAUGGAAGCUCAAUUUCCCGAAGACAAUUCGAUGCGAAAGGAUACUAACGAUACUAAAGAGAAUGAAAAUCCGUCUGGAAAUUGUAACACUCUGUUGGAACAGGGCACUCGCAGUGUGAUCGGUGAAGCAACAGAACGAAAAUCAGAUCCAUCUAAUAGUUAUACCGAUAUUAACAAGAAAACUGACGUGCUACCUUUCAUGGGAGAAAAUGAUCCAAAACCUGAAGAUUUAAAUAUGGAGCCACCACCAGAAUUUCCAAAUUUGGGUCUUGUUCCCACAAACGCUAACGAGCCUAUUAUUGAUCCUUUGCGAAGAACAGGUGAUUCAUAUGAUGCAAAAGAGCCAUCCGCGAAACCUUUUCCCAACAAUCCAGAGUGCUCUGACCCUAGAGAAAAUUUUGAUAGUUCAUUUAAUUCAAGAGGAAUGCAAUGUAGACCAAAUGCACCGUUUUCUGGUCCCAGAGGUGCUAAUGAUGGCAGGUUUCCCGUGUUUGAACCUAGAGAUUUCAUUUCAUUUAAUUCCUCCGAUCCAAAUUCGUACCUGUUAGGACCUCCUUGCACUCUUACCGAUGGACAAUUUGGGUCAAGGGGACCUAAUGAUGGACAAUUUCGUUUGAGAGGACCUAACGAUGGACAAUUCGGUCCAAGACGUGUCAAUGAUUCUCAGUUUGGUUCGAGAGGAAUCAACGAUGGACAGUUUUGUCUGAGAAGUGCCAAUGACGGAUCGUUUGGCCCAAGAGGUCCUGUCGAUAGUCAGUUUGGAAUAAAAGGCCCUAAUAGCGGGCAGUUUGGCCCCAGAGGUUCCAACGUUGGUCAGUUUGGUCCCAGAUACGAUGGACAGUUUGCGCUAAGAAGACUGAACGACGGACAAUUUGGAUCUCAAGGACCUAACAAUAGACAAUUUGGUCCUGGUAGGCCACCCGAUGUACCUUUCGAUAAUCGAGGUUCUGGUGAGAUGCAAUUUACUCCUAGAGGGCUUAACGAAGGGCAACUGAAAUUUUCAGGACCUAAUGAUAGAUUCUCCGGUUUACGACGCAAUGAGGUUUCUUAUCAGCGUAAUUCAAUUGGUUUGAAAGGAACAAACGAUGGACAGUUCACCGGUAGAUUCAACGAGAAACAAUGUGGUAUUACCGUUGAAGGAAGAUUUGGGUCUCAAGGUUCAAGCGACAUGAGCUUUGGAUCACGAGGUCCAAUAAGCGGUGGUCCAAACGAUGCUUCGUUUGGAUCUCGAGGUCCUACCGACAGACAAUUUGAUGUUAGAGGAAUUGGGGAGUAUCGACCAAGGGGACAAAUUGAUAAUAGUUUGUGCCCCAAGGCCAGAGAGGCUUCAGGAAUCGGUGAUCCUGAGGUCCAUGGCGAUGGAGGAGCAUUCGAAGCUAAUGAUCAAAACCAGUUAGAACAGAAUGCGCAGCAAGGACAGUUUAAUUCCAGUGAAAAUUCAGGGUGGAAGCAACCAUAUUCUAAAAAUAGUUUUGGCGAUAUUGAUCAAAGAUCUGGACAAGAUUUCUGUUAUGGCGAGAAUCCGUUGCCCCCACAAAAUGAAAUAUUGAGUCAAGGUGUGGCGAGUAAUAUAGAACGACGGUCUCCUAUAAAUACAAAUAAAUCUAACGUACCUGAUAAAAGAUCAGAAAAAGGUAUAACUGAUUUAACACCUGGAGAUUGUAAAAUUGGAUAUGGAGAAUCGUCGUCGGGGUGCGAUUAUGGAAAGUUUGCUAGCCCUAAUAUGCACAAAAAACGAUCAUUGGAUAAUCGACAGCCUCAAAUUAUGUGUCCAGUUGUUAAAGAAUUUUGCAUAGAAAAACAAUUUAAUUAUAAUCAUGGCGGGGCUACCGCUGACAAGAAAUUCGUUGAACAUAUACCUGCCAAAGUAAUCGACUAUGCCCAUACUUCUCGUACAUCGAUUCAAGAUCACUUAACUCCUGUGCAGUGCUUUGAUUAUGGGCAUGGUAAUUUAAAGCCAUUGGUACCGGAUCAUGUGGUCUAUCCAAAGAAAGAUUUCAGAAAUUGGGAGGAGAAUGAACUAAAUUUGAAAGACUAUACAGAGAAAAUGAGGAGAUACGAACAUUAUUCAAGAAAAACAGAUUCUACGCGAUCCAGAGAUUAUAGCCAAAGAAGGGACAGCGAGGAAUUGAUUAAUAAUAAAAAGUCUGAACGGGAACGCAGAGAGAGAGAAGACUAUAAAGAACGAACGCGAGAAAGGUGUGAAACUUCGCAAAAGGAAACGAUCGAAGAGAAUGACAAAAAUGAGGAGAGAUCGAAAGGAAAUAUAAAGUGGCAGGAGAACUCAAACAAGAACGUCGUAGAGACGAAGCCGUCAGAUAUCAGUGUUACAGAUACACAGCAUAAUGUGGUGGGACCAGCACCAAAAACUUUGGAACUGCCAAAAACACCAAACUGUACAAUGGUGGAUGAUUUAUUGUGUCCUCCGGGUCGUCAGAACAGACCACCAAAAAUAGCCAUCAUUUUGAGAGGUCCACCAGGCAGUGGAAAAUCAUUUGUCGCUAAACUAAUUAAAGAUAAAGAAAUUGAACAAGGAGGUUCGGCGCCAAGAAUAUUAAGUCUCGAUGAUUAUUUUUUGAUCGAAAAGGAAAUGGAGUCCACGGAUGAUAAUGGAAAAAAGGUUACAGUCAAGGAAAUGAUCUAUGAAUACGAAGAAGCAAUGGAACAGAGUUAUGUAACAUCGCUCGUGAAAGCCUUUAAAAAAAAUAUCACUGAUGGUUUCUUUAACUUUAUAAUACUCGAUUGCAUUAAUGAAAAAAUAUCUGAUUAUGAAGAAAUGUGGAGUUUUGCUAAAACCAAAGGUUUUAAAGUAUACGUAUGCGAAAUGGAAAUGGAUUUACAAAUCUGUUUAAAAAGAAAUAUCCAUAAUCGUACGGAAGAUGAAAUAAACAGAAUUAUAGAUUAUUUUGAACCUACCCCAAGUUAUCACCAAAAAUUGGACGUUAAUUCAAUGUUGCAAGAUCAGGCGAUCGAGGAGGUUCAUAUGGAAGAUAGCGAGGAAACGCUAGAGAAGUCCUCCCAACAAAAUGAAGACAGCCUAGACAGUCAGGAGGAUGUCCAAGAUAGUGUUGGAGUAAGCAAGUGGGAACGCAUGGAAGCAGAAGAUAAAUUAGACCGUUUGGAUGGGCUUGCAAAGAAGAAGAGCGAAGGAAAAGUACAAACUAUGAAAGAUUUUCUUCAAGUUCCAGACUACUAUAAUAUGGAAGAUACUUCCGGUAAAAAACGUGUACGAUGGGCAGAUUUAGAAGAACGUAAGGAACAAGAAAAAAUGCGUGCUGUAGGUUUUGUGGUUGGUCACACCAAUUGGGAUCGUAUGAUGGAUCCGACAAAAGGAGGAAGCGCCUUAACACGCACAAAGUUUUUCUCGCUAUCAUAAUGACAAUUCUGUUUUCAUUCGGCUACGAUCGAACAAAGAAGCGAUAAAGCAAGGUACCUACAACCUUCAGAUUCUUCGAAUGGCGAUUCUAAUACAGUCUUAUAGGAAAGAUUAUUAUUUAGUAGAAUCGGCAUAAAGUCCUUUUAGCUUAUGUAAAUUAUUGCACGCUGUAAUUACUGUAUAUAAAUAACAUACCUUUAAUGAAAAUGUUUUCAUUAUACAUUUUUAUAUAUAAUUCCUGUAUUAUGUAUAAUAAGGUAGAUCUAUAGUUUAAAUGUACACAAUAGUC